UAAAACCCUCGAUAACCCAAUUUUUAUGAGAGGGUGGCUUCCAAGUACCUCAUCUUCCUCCUCUUCCCCUCGCUCGUGUUGGCUUCGGGGAUCUGCGCCUCCUUUCCGCCAUGAGAACCGCCACGCAUCACCCUCUCAUCACCGCCCCUUGCAACCUGUGGCCUCGACCAAGGCCGACCUCGGCUCCUGUGCUCCCCUCUGGAUCUAGACGCCCCAGGAGAGGGGCCUUGGUCGUCAGAGCUGCGGUGGUUGUGGAGCAGGAGGUCAAGACCAAGAUCUCCCUUGUGAGAAUUGGCACCAGGGGCAGUCCACUAGCACUUGCGCAGGCCUAUGAGACCCGGGAUAAGCUCAUGGCAUCACAUUCAGAGCUAGCCGAGGAAGGAGCCAUUGACAUAGUAAUUAUCAAGACAACAGGCGACAAAAUACUCAAUCAACCACUUGCUGACAUUGGUGGCAAGGGUUUAUUCACAAAAGAGAUAGAUGAGGCCCUCUUGGAAGGUAGCAUCGAUAUUGCAGUUCACUCGAUGAAGGAUGUGCCUACAUAUCUUCCGGAUGGGACAAUCUUGCCAUGCAACCUUCCGCGAGAAGAUGUAAGGGAUGCAUUCAUUUGCUUGACUGCAAAGUCUCUUGCGGAGUUGCCUGCUGGAAGUGUUAUUGGAACUGCUUCCCUUAGGAGACAAUCUCAAAUUCUAUAUAGAUAUCCAUCAUUAAAGGUUGUUAACUUCAGGGGAAAUGUCCAGACACGAUUGAAGAAACUCAAUGAAGGUGAAGUCCAAGCAACAUUGUUAGCCUUGGCAGGGCUAAAACGGCUAAACAUGACCAAAAAUGUCACAGCUAUACUCUCUAUUGAAGAAAUGCUUCCAGCAAUUGCCCAAGGUGCUAUUGGAAUAGCUUGUAGAAGCAACGAUGAUACGAUGGCUAAUUACAUAGCUUCACUAAAUCAUGAUGAUACUCGGUUAGCUGUUGCUUGUGAAAGGGCAUUUCUUGAGACCCUGGAUGGGUCUUGUCGUACACCAAUUGCUGGGUAUGCAUAUCGUGAUAGUGACGGAAAUUGUGUUUUAAGAUGUUUGGUUGCUUCUCCAGAUGGAACCAGGGUACUGGAGACAUCAAGAAAAGGCUUGUAUGCUCUCGAUGAUAUGGUUGCAAUGGGAAAGGAUGCAGGGAAGGAGUUACUUUCAAAGGCUGGCCCAAGUUUCUUUGAUUGGUAAUCUCUAAUCAGAUUGCCAACAAAAGUUAACAAGAGCAAAUUAGGAAGGGAACUUAGAGCUUUGGCAUUGUUUUAUGCUUUCUUCUUUCUUUGUCAUUUAUUCAGAGUUUGUCUGCAGAGGCUGUACUCCAACUUUUGUAUCAUUGUAGUUGUAUUCAUUUGGACCUUCUCAUUAAGUUGAAUUAACUUGACAUCACAAGCCACUGCCCAAUUGUUAAAAAAGUUGAGGGCUUUUGUAGGAGUGAUUUACCUGCAUUGCUCAUAAUAUUAAAUAAGUGCUGAGUUCUGUUUUAAA